GGAAAAUGUAUUUGUCGGUCAUGAUUAAAAAAAAAUAUUUCUAUUGUUGAUAAGAUCUCGUUGUUGAAGGGGCGGUCCUUGAGGUCUGCAGUGUUACGUUUCACUGGGCGUAUGAUUAUCAGUUCUGCUCUCAUAAUCCAUCACUGAGCAACUCAGUCUUUGUAGGUUCAUCAUUCGUCGUUUAUGGUUUAUAGAUAUUCAAAAUGAACAGAAAUAGUUUCUUCUUCGUCUCGUUCAUUCUUCACAUUAUUUACACCGAUGUGAUAGCGGAAAGCAGUUGUAACAAGAAUGUAUCACAAAUGGUGAAAUUAAAGAGGUAUCUCCUGUGCGAAUACGAUUCUGAUAUAAGACCAGUCAAAAAUACUAAGAACAUAACGCGUGUGAAUUUCUUUCUAAACCCACACUUUUUUGAAUAUGAUUAUGAAACUGAAAUCUUCACGUUGCAUGCGUGGAUGUCGAUGAUAUGGAAUGAUUCACAUUUGACAUGGGAUCCUGCACAAUACGAUAACAUCAAUUGGAUACCUGUAGAAGGCUAUCAAAUUUGGGUGCCUGAUGUGUGGAUACAUAACGAACGAAUUGGAGAAAGUACUUCAGAUUAUAUGCGUACAAAGUGUUGGGUCUCAAAACAGGGGAUUGUUAAAUGGUUAACGGCAGCAAAAUAUUCUUCAUCUUGCAUCUCAGAUAAUACAUGGUGGCCAUUCAGUAUUCUAAAUUGCACAAUACAAUUUGGAUCGUGGUCACAUUCUGGUGAUGAGAUCCAGUUUGUUGCCAGUCUGAAUACAUCACUAACAAAUAUAAAAGUAAAGAAUGUCGAGUGGGAUUUAGUGAAACUUUAUAUGACGAGAUGGGAAAAUAGAUACAAAUACAUCUCGGGUUCAACCAAUAAAAUGCUUUCUUAUCACUUUAUUCUGAAACAUCAUUGGAGCAUUGCACACAUUGCGUACGUAUCGCCUAUUAUAGUGCUAAUGGUGAUGACUCUGAUGACAUUAUGGCUAGAACCGAGAUCCUUUGAACGUAUGGUUAUUGCUAAUCUCAAUUUUAUUUGUCAUUUAUUGUGUAUGCAAGAUGUACAUUGGGAAAUGCCAAAGAGUGGCUUCAAUACUCCUAAAAUAAUGUUCUUUUAUGAGAGUUCUCUUGGUUUGGCAACGUUUGCUCUUAUUCUCACCAGUGUCUUACGACACCUGCAAGAAUUGACUACCGAGCCACCCGUGUGGAUCUCAGCCGGCACGACGUCCAUUUUGCGCAGUCGAGUUGGACGGAUUCUUCUAGUCAGUAUCCUAGAUCCAGCUGUGACAGCCAAAAUAGAAGCAGAUGUGGACGACAAUACCGACCUCGUGCAAUCAAAUAGCGAAAAAUCACCAUGGAAAUAUAUUAUAGUGCUUAUAGGAUGGUUAGCAUUUCUAAGCACGCUUCUCACUUACAUUAUACUACUGAGCAUGUAUUUCCCUACAUAUUUUGCAACAACAUACUAAAUCUUUGUACAAAAUAGAUUUUUGUUGUGUGGCAUUGUGAAAAAUUUAAUCACAAUAUCAUAGUAAUACUUAAUAAUUAUGCUUAUAUAAUAAGUAAAAAAAUAAUAAAAAUAUAAUGUAUAUAUAGGUAAGCAUAUUAGAUAUAUUAAUAGAUUGGAAUUUGAUGUCAAUAGAAUAAUUUUCUUUCUUGUUCUUAUAAAUACCUUUAUUUUGAAAAACAAGUUUAUUUUGGACACUUAUAUUAAUAUCGUUCGUUCUUUGUUUACAACAGUGUCAAACUUAACCCUACACAUAUCUCAUAAUAAAUAGAAAAUUCCUGAAAUAUAGGUAGAACAAAAGUAACUGCCCAAAAAUAUACCUAACUUUUAUAUAUGGCGUAAUUAUGUCCAAUAACUCAGUGACUGCGUUCAGCAGGAAAAAGCAAUUUUUCAACUGUUGUAAGAUUCUUCAAUAUGAUUUUUGUCCUUAAUUCUUUUCAGAUCUAAAUGUAGAAACCAAUCAUAUAAAAGAAUUUUACAACAGUUGCAAAACUAUUUUUGUUGCUAAACGCAGCCAUUGUCAUUUCCGAAUGAUACUUAUAUUUAAACUUUCAAUACGAUCUCGCUGAGUUUCUCGAUUCUUGCAGCGAUUAACAUUUCGUUACACUAUGUACACAUCAUGAUUUAGCAUUUCCA